AACACAGUGACACGGCACCACUCCGUCUAUUUUCUUUGCCCACCGACCGACCCACCAAUCACUCUAUCUUUUACACAACCAAAAGAGAAACAACAGUCUUCUGUCAGUGGCCAGAGCAAAGCAUUUGCACGACGACGACGACGACGACGACGAAAUACAAGGUAAAACCACUCAUUUUAACCAUUCAAGACUCAGCUGAAUGAUUCAAAUACUUUCUAAGAGAUCAUCAUGUUUCUUUGUGGGUCUGAACAAAUGGGUGUUGGGUUUGGUGGAGGCUUCAAUUGUUGCUGUCUUGAUUAUUAUGUGUCUUGAACAUAUUUGAUGUCCCUCAUUAGUUUCAAUACCUUCAGGUGAUUUUAGUGUCUAUUGGGUUACAUUACAAUGAAUAUGAUUAUCAAGAUAAAGAGCUGUGGAGAAAAAUUGGGUUUUCGAUGGAUGGUGCUCUCUCGAAAUUACUCUUCUUGUGAAGCAACAAGGCACAUUGCUGAUGAUCCAACCAAAAGAAUAUGCAAAAUCAUGAUGUCUUGCCCCACACUCGCACUUGAUACUGCACUUGAUCAAAGUGGGGUCAGAAUUUCGCCGGAAAUAGUAGAGGAUGUUCUCGUGAGAUUCAAGAAUGCUGGGAUGGUCGCGUAUCGGUUCUUUGAAUGGGCAGGGAAGCAGAGGAACUACACGCACAGUGUUAAGGCGUACCAUGCUAUGAUCGAUUCUUUGGCCAAGAUAAGGCAGUACCAGAUCAUGUGGGAGCUUGUGAACUCAAUGAGGACCCAAAGGAUGCAGAAUAUGGAGACAUUUAGUAUCAUUAUGAGGAAGUAUGCAAGGGCCCAGAAGGUCGAGGAAGCGCUUUAUACGUUUAAUGUUAUGGAAAAAUAUGAUUGUGCUCCGAACUUAGCGGCAUUCAAUGACCUGCUUAGUGCUUUAUGCAAAUCCAAGAAUGUGAGGAAGGCUCAGGAGAUUUUUGAUAAAAUGAAGGACCGCUUUGUGCCAGACUCAAAGACGUUUAGUAUAUUAAUUGAUGGAUGGGGAAAGGAUCCGAAUUUGCCCAAGGCAAGGGAGGUCUAUAGAGAAAUGGUUGACGCAGGCUGUAUUCCUGAUAUAGUGACUUAUGGUAUCAUGGUUGAUGUUCUGUGCAAAGCAGGGAGGGUGGAUGAAGGCAUUGAGAUUGUUCGGGGCAUGGUUGCUAGUGGUUGUAUGCCUACAUCUUUUAUUUAUAGUGUUUUGGUGCAUACAUAUGGGGUGGAGGAUAGGAUUGAAGAUGCUGUUGAAGCAUUCUUGGAGAUGGAAAGGAAUGGAAUCAAGGCUGAUGUAGCCAUCUAUAAUGCCUUGAUUGGUGCUUUUUGUAAAGUUAACAAGUUCAAGAACGUGUACAGGGUCUUAAGUGAUAUGAAAUCUAAAGCUGUUGUACCCAAUUCAAGGACAUGCAAUAUCAUCUUACAUAGCUUGAUUGACCGUGGAGAAACUGAUGAGGCAUUUAGUGUCUUUCGUAAAAUGAUCAAAAUAUGUGAUCCAGAUGCAGAUACAUAUACAAUGAUGAUAAAAAUGUUCUGCGAGAGAAAUAAAUUAGAGAUGGCAAGCAAACUGUGGAAGUACAUGAAGAUGAAACAAUUUAUCCCCAGUAUGCAUACAUAUUCAGUCCUUAUAAAUGGAUUGUGUGAAAACGGUAAUGCUUCAAAGGCUUGUGUCUUACUGGAAGAGAUGGUAGAGAAGGGGAUUCGGCCAUCAGGUGUGAUGUUUGGAAAAUUAAGACAGUUGCUUAUAAAAGAAGGAAGAGAAGAUGUAUUGAAAUUUCUUCAAGAAAAAAUCAAUCUCAUGGUCAAAGAGCCUUCUUUUGAUUGAGGAGUCAGACUAACAACUGACAAACAUGUGCUGUUUGGUUUCCUAAUGCAUCACUACAAGUUCUGAAUUGUAUUGCUAUUGGUGGUGCUUGCUCGUGAGAGAAUGGCUGAGCUUUUGCAGGUCAGAUUCUUUCCAGUUUUAUGUUCAAAUCGAAUACUUGUCAGCUUGCAUUUUCGUUAAUGUUUGCUGAUUGCUGAGAAACUAUAUAGUCCUAACUCCUAAGGUUUUGUAGAAUUGGAUGUUGUUUAGAUGAUGAAAUCGUCCUUAAUGACAGCACAAAUCUUUCUUGCAAAUCAUUGUUGACAACAUUUCUGACAAUGGCCCAUAAAAGCAGAUCAUUCCCGAGCAUGAUUCCCUUUUCUAUGUCAUUGAAGUUAUUAGUACCCAUAUGUUUUGGGUAAAAUGGAAGUGCAGUAGGCUAGAGACUAGUUUUAUAAAA